AGCGGGCACAGGGGCGCCACCACACCCCGAACCUAAAACAAAAAUAUAUUAAACAAUUUGUGAACGUACUGGCAGUUGGACUGGCGGCAAUAUGAAGGCUUUCCAAGCAGUUUUGUUUUGCGUGGGUACCCUCUCCAUUGCAUCAUCAGCGCCAGCAAACAGAGACUCGUCUGCACAGCCUUCAGAAUAUAACUACGACUAUGACAACUCAGCUCAGCCCGCCAAAGGCGAGGACCCAGCACAAGCCGCGAGCCACUACGAUGCGUACAUCGCCGACGUGCAGGCCGCUGCCUCCGGGGGCACGGCUAAGAAGGGCUACAGCAGCGGCAGUGGGCUCAGAACUAUAGCAGUUGGCUCCGCUAAUCAAGCGAAAACGGCUCUCGGAAACCAGGUCGCGGCGGCUUAUCAAGCAGCUUAUGUAGCAAAGAACACAUUAGCUCAGUCAGCGGCUCAGGCGAGUGCGACGGCGCAGGCGGCGCUCGCCGGCAAGCAGGUCAUCCUGUCCGGUCUCGAGCAGCAAGUGCGGGAUGCGAAGGUCGGUUUGCAGGGCGAGGAGAUGCAGCUGCAGCAGGCAAAGAGAGCUGCGCAGGCCGCAGCACAAGCAGCGCAGCAAGCCAUGCACCAGGUGAACGUGAUCCAAGCGGCGCUGAACGCGGCGCAGGCGACGUCGGAGAACGCGAACGAGGCGGCGUCGCAGGCGGCCGGCGAGCUGGGCGCGCAGACCGCCAUGGUGGGCGCGGCGCGACAGCGGUUGCACGCGCUGCAGGAACAGCUGCACGGAGUGCGCAUUGACUUUGAGGCCACGCAGGCUGCAGCGAGGAAGGCACAGGCUGCGGCACAACAAGCGCAAGCUAACGCAGCGGCGGCGGCGGCGAAGGCCGCAGCAGCGGGCCUGGCCUCCGGCAAGCAGCAGGACGCCUCGCACGAAGGUACGAGCCGCGAGGAGCAAAGGGCCGCGCCCGAACAGGGCCAGGACUAUUACCACCAGUCUGACUACCAACACCAGUAACAAACACGUUUUAGGUAAACAUAUUUGAAAUUUAGCGUAUUGUGUUUGUUUUAUACAUAUUUUGAAACCGAUUUCAAAUA